AUGGACCCAGAGAGGCAGAGGAAGAGAUCUUGUGUGAAGAUAAGGGGGAGUGUGGUGAGUUUGGACACUGAGAGGAAGGGAAAAACACCUGAUAAAAGGGAUAAUAGCAAAGAGAUGUGUAAAAGGAGUAAAAUGCUAGUUUCAAUAUUUGAAAAUGCAAGAAAUAGGAAUUCUCAGAUGAGUAUAAACAAAUCACAAGGAUACUUUAGUAACAAGGAAAGUAUUUUCGAACCAAUCCAGGGAAUAAAAACCAGAUAUCUCAGUUCAAAACAAAUUAGAACCAAGAAACAGCCUCUUAAUAUCUCUCUAAUCUCAGAGAAAUAAAGCUGAUUUGAAAUAAAACCAUAAAAUUCUAUCAAGACAAAAUAAAAGAUGAAAGAAAUGAAGAGUCUAAAGCUGAAUUAAACUUGAGUAGGAUUCUCAGAAAGCACGACUAUGGAACUACAACAGAGGUAAUGAAGUCUAUGGCUGAAGUGAUUCAUUACAAUCGGAAGCUCCUAAGGCAAAAGAUAAUGGAGCUUUCAUAUCCUUCAACUAUAAGAAAAUCUAAAGACAAAGAUUUCGAGAAAGACUUUGACCAAGUUAGGGAUUUCUUCAAGCAAGUCCCUGAGAAAUAGCCUAAUCAGAGAAGAAAAGCAGAAUGCAAUCAAAGCAGUCAAAAGGAUUAGAGAUUAUCAACUCAAGGUUUCUAGGUCAGUCGAAAGCCUGAUUCCCAGAAAGAAUCUAGCAAGUGUGCCAAGGAAGAACCAGAGAAGCUCAAGGCCAAAGCAUCGAGCUGAAGAAAAGAUUACUGACACAAAAUUUUCAAUGGAUAAGGCAAAGCAGCUGCUGAUUGAUAAUGUCGACCAUUCCUUUAAAACAUCUAUUCCUUUAUCUCAGCCGUACAAGUUUUCAAUACCGACAAAAAACACUAUGAAGGAGAACAGGAAAGAAGCGCCAAUCUCUAGGAUGAAGAGUUUGAGAAACGUUCCUAGGACUCCAAGAGAUACAUCAGAGCUUGCUUGUCACAAGAUUCCUUUCCAAAGGACGAACAAGAGGUACUUUGAGAAGGACUCUGUCUUUCCCCAAAAAGAGAGGAAACUAAUCCAAAAACUGAUUGCUGAAAGACGAACAGAUUGCUUAUUUGUCCAAAGAAGAUAUCCUCAGCGUCAGUUUCAAUAA